AUGGGCGAGUACUCGAAAGCACUUUCAUCGUUUGAAAGAUCACUUGAAAUCUACAAAAUGGCUCUCCCUCCGAAUCAUCCCGACUUGGCUACUUCCUACAAUAACAUCGCUAUGGUGUAUGAUAAGAUGGGCGAGUACUCGAGAGCACUUGCAUCGUAUGAAAGAUCACUUGAAAUCAUCAAAAUAUCUCUCCCUUCGAAUCACCCCUCCUUGGCUACUUCCUACAACAACAUCGCUAUGGUGUAUUCUCACAUGGGUGAAUAUUCGAAAGCACUAUCAUCGUACGAAAGAUCACUUGAAAUCAACAUAAUAGCUCUCCCUCCGAAUCAUCCUUUAUUGGCUAAUUCCUACAACAACAUCGGUAUGGUGUAUUCUCACAUGGGCGAGUACUCGAAAGCACUUUCAUCGUUAGAAAGAUCGCUUGAAAUCCAAAAAAUAGCUCUCCCUCCGAAUCAUCCCUCCUUGGCUACUUCCUACAACAACAUCGCUUCAGUGUAUGAUAAGAUGGGCGAGUACUCCAAAGCACUUUCAUCGUUAGAAAGAUCACUUGAAAUCCUCAAAGUAGCUCUCCCUCCGAAUCAUCCCUCCUUGGCUGCUUUCUACAACAACAUCGCUUCAGUGUAUGAUAACAUGGGCGAGUACUCGAAAGCACUUGCAUCGUACGAAAGAUCACUUGAAAUCUACAAAAUAGCUCUUUCUUCGAAUCAUCCAGAUUUGGCUGCUUCCUACAACAACAUCGCUUCAGUGUAUGAUAAGAUGGGCGAGUACUCGAAAGCACUAUCAUCAUACGAAAGAUCACUUGAAAUUCGAAAAAUAGCUCUCCCUCCAAAUCAUCCCGACUUGGCUUCUUCCUAUAACAGUAUGGGUAUGGUGUAUGAUGACAUGGGCGAGUACUCGAAAGCACUGUCAUCGUACGAAAGAUCACUUGAAAUCUUCGAAAUAGCUCUCCCUCCGAAUCAUCCCGACUUGGCCACUUCCUACAACAACAUCGCAAUGGUGUAUGAUAAGAUGGGCGAGUACUCGAAAGCACUAUCAUCAUACGAAAGAUCACUUGAAAUCCUCAAAGUAGCUCUCCCUCCGAAUCAUCCCUCCUUGGCUGCUUCCUACAACAACAUCGCUUCAGUGUAUGAUAAGAUGGGCGAGUACUCCAAAGCACUUUCAUUGUACGAAAGAUCACUUGAAAUCUUCAAAAUAGCUCUCCCUCCGAAUCAUCCCGACUUGGCUGCUUCCUACAACAACAUCGCAAUGGUGUAUGAUGAGAUGGGCGAGUACUCGAAAGCACUAUCAUCAUACGAAAGAUCACUUGAAAUCCUCAAAGUAGCUCUCCCUCCGAAUCAUCCCUUCUUGGCCACGUUCUACAACAACACCGCAAUGGUGUAUGAUAAGAUGGGCGAGUACUCGAAAGCACUUUCAUCGUUUGAAAGAUCACUUGAAAUCUUCAAAAUAGCUCUUCCUCCGAAUCAUCCCUCCUUGGCUACUUCCUACAACAACAUCGCUAUGGUGUAUUCUCACAUGGGCGAGUACUCGGAAGCACUUUCAUCGUACGAAAGAUCACUUGAGAUUUUGAGAAAGUCGGUGCCUUCUACUCAUCCACAUUUGGUGCUUGUGAAAAGAAACAUUGAAGAUUUAAAAAACAAAAUGUAG